AUGAAACCAAAAGAUAACGAGGAAACGGAAAAGCCCGAGAUGGUCGAAGUCCCUCGACGACAGUCUAUUGGAACUGUGACUAAGAAGGUGCGUGAUCAGAUCCCAAUGCUCAAAGAAAUGUCCGCUGCCAAUUACGCGGAAGUUAUGGAUCAAUUUCGAGCUAUUUUCGAAGAAGCCGCCGAUUUGUCCGAACAACACGCAAAGGAUUAUAUUGAAAAGGCUGGUGCUAUUGAGGCGGCCCUUAGCGCUCUGGCGGAAUACAACCAAAAAGCGCUUGAACAACUACAAAAUCUUACUAUGAAUGCUAUCAAUGCUGUAGACGCUCCUGUUACACAACCUGGAAUGGAUAAAGUUCAAGCUACGGAAGCUUUGGUUGAGAGAGCAAAACUGCUUGUGGAGACAGCCGAAAAGCAGCUUGAAUACAGCAAACAAUUGGGCAAUGUGGCUCGUCCAUUGGCCCUAUGGCGAUUGGAUGCAAGCAAGGCGGUUUGGGAAGCACAUACCGCACUCAAAUUAGCUGAGACCAAAUUGGCUGAGGCCAAACUGCGAUCUAAUGCGGUACUGGUGUCCAAACUUUCCGGGGGGCAAAAUGCAGCUCCACCUUUAAAUGAGAAAACUGUAUCUAUUGGCUCCCCAACGCAGGAAAUGGAAGUCAAACAGCUUCCGGAGUUCACCAUUUCCCGGUCACAUAAUUCCACAAUCCCCUUGCGCCCAUCAUCGAGUAGUUCACAGGUAUCUUCUGAGAUAUCUACGAAGGAUUCUCUCGUGCAAACUAGUGAGGAAGAAUGCACAAAGCCACAAAGACCACUAAUUAAAUUUUGGCCAAAACAUACAUACUAUUCCGCCAACGGUGAGGAAAUAUGUUAUGUGAGAGCUCCGAAAGAUUGUUUGCGUAAGAAAAAUGGCAUUCAGUGCGUGUUCAGUGAACCGUUUGCUCUGUGGCCAGCAAUCCGUGGACAUAAUGAAAUUAUCGGACGUUUUGUGUCCAUUAUUCCAACCCAAAAGAAGAAAAGUACCAUACUAGCAAAUGAACCGUGGAUUGUGGGUAUCCCGCACAGUUAUAACAAAGUCACGGCCAAAGAGACCGUUCUGUUUAUGAUCGAAGCAGGUCCGAAUGGCGUCAAUGCUUUGGCAGAAAGUAGCCCUUAUGUAAAACAGACAGAUCUGUUACAGUGGCGUGAUCUUCACACCACGGAUGUGGUCGUCGAUGAAAAGCACUAUUUGGAAGUGCGUCUGCCGAAAUUGACCGCAGUCACAUUUGCUCCGUGUGCUCGAUUGAAACGCGACUGUGUGGAAAUCGGACGAUCCGGCGGUCGACUUGUCUGUCUGAGUGAUCCGCGAGUGUCUUUGACAGCCCCACCGGGAGCGAUUAAAGCCGAACUGACAUUCAUGAUCCAGGUUCAACAUUUGGAAUGCAGUCAAAUGCCUGCUCUGAAAGAACAAAACAAAUCCCUCAUGGCUGACUUCGUUUCUUGCAGUCCACUGGUCUUUUUGACUUGUGCAACAAAAGCCCUGUUCAGUCCCAUCACUCUCACACUACCGGUGACAGAUGCGCAGAUUAUGAACAACCUGGGCAUGUCAGCCGCCAUGAUGGAUCGAAUGACCGGCGAGGGACGAGUGGAUAAGUCGAUCGGGAUCGACGAUUUGCAGGGAGGUUCACGUAGACAAGUCAAAUUACUGCGUAAAGGCGAUCGUGAGAACCAGGAGUUUAGUUUCCGCUUUUGUCAUGUCACCACCAUACUACGACUGAUGUGA